GAGAGAGCGAAAUACGAGCUGUUUUUGUGUUUGGCUGCGAACAUUUCCAAUUGGAACGUCGCGAAAAAUAGUCAAGCUCCGCUAAAGUGCAUGUAGUAAAUACUAUACUUAACGAUUUCGAUUGCUUCGCGGCGUGGGCGUCUUCUUCUUGCUUUUCCCCUCGCGUCUAGUGUAUUGCGUCUCGCUCUAACAACGCCGGUUGCACUUAAAGUGAAAGAAAUGUGAAAUCAUAAUAAAAGUCGCGAGUUGUUGUUGUUAAUUAGCCACUAUUAACACAUGUGUGUUUUUUGAGCUUAUUUGUGAGGGAACAAAGCCAAGGAUUCGGCUUGGGUCAAAUAAAUGCAAUCCUGAUGGCUGUAUUAAGGUAAAAUGGAAACAUUUGGGAUCUAUUGUAUGAAUGAACCAAUUGAGGAAGAAGCAGCAGCAACAACAAAAGAGAGCGACAGAGAGCGAAGGCAAACAAACGAAAAUACAACUAAAAUAACCACGAAAGUAAUUUGCAUCGGCUGUUAGUGGAGCAGCCCCGACAUCAGAUCCAGCCUCGAAAACAGUAGCAGUUGCAGUCGCAGUCGCAGUCACAGCCGGAUCCGCAUCAACAUCCCCGUCCACCUCCACCUCCACCUCCGCAUCCCCAUCCAAAUCCACAUCCACAUUUACAGACAUGGUGAUAAGCAAACCCGAUGGAGCGGCGCCCAAUGGAGCGGCAGGAGGAGCGGGCGCCUCGUCGGCGGCACAGACAGUCGCUGCUCCCGGCGGGCUCGACGCCACCGGGAACAGUCUGGCGCAUCCUUCGGGGAUACCGCAGGAUCAAAUAGACAAUAUCAUGAGUGGCAUUGCCAACACGGGCAACGUCAAAAUGAACAAUCAUCGCAAGAAGCUGCGACAAAGAUUUGAUAUUAUUAAGAAACUAGGACAAGGCACCUAUGGCAAGGUGCAGUUAGGUAUAAAUAAGGAAACCGGCCAGGAGGUGGCCAUCAAAACCAUUAAGAAGUGCAAAAUCGAGGCCGAGGCGGAUUUAGUGCGCAUCCGGCGCGAGGUGCAGAUCAUGAGCUCAGUGCAUCAUCCCAACAUCAUCCACAUCUACGAAGUAUUCGAGAACCGUGAGAAAAUGGUGCUGGUUAUGGAGUUCGCCGCUGGCGGCGAGCUCUACGACUACCUGUCCGAGCGGAAGGUGCUCACCGAGGAGGAGGCGCGCCGCAUCUUCCGCCAGGUGGCCACCGCCGUCUACUACUGUCACAAGCACAAGAUCUGCCAUCGGGAUCUCAAGCUGGAGAACAUCCUGCUGGACGAAAAGGGCAAUGCCAAGAUUGCCGACUUUGGCCUGUCGAAUGUGUUUGACGACCAGCGCCUGCUGGGCACCUUCUGCGGCUCCCCCCUCUAUGCCUCGCCAGAAAUCGUGGAGGGAACGCCGUAUCAGGGACCCGAGGUGGACUGCUGGUCAUUGGGCGUGCUGCUCUACACGCUGGUCUACGGUUCCAUGCCCUUCGACGGGUCCAACUUCAAGCGGCUGGUGAAGCAGAUCAGCCAGGGCGACUACUACGAGCCGAGGAAGCCUUCGCGGGCCUCCACGCUCAUCCGGGACAUGCUCACCGUGUGUCCGAGGAAGCGGGCCAGCAUCGAGCAGAUCUGUUCGCACUGGUGGGUGAACGAGAACGACAAUGUGUCCUGCCUGGAUCUGGCCGAGGAUCUGGCCAACCAGACCCCAGUGCGACUGGACGUCCUGCUCUCCUUGACGCCAGCCACCAUUACGGCGGAUCAGUUGGUGGUGCCCUCGGCGGAGGGAGCCGCUGCGGCCAAGGCGGCGGCGAACGAACGUGUGCCCCGUUCGCAUUCGGUGGGCUCCAUCCGGGACAUGGGACCACCGAACACGGAGGCGGAGCGUCGCAUCCUGGACAUGGUGGCCGCUGGAGGAGAAGCAGCCCUGAUGCCCUCGCCCACCAGGACCAUUACGCCCGCCCAGAGUCCGGUGCAGACGAAGAGGAAGCUGCAGGCCACUGUUUCCACGGAGAAUGCAGCCGGGAUCACGGCCAAAAAGAAGGAGAAGCCGGCCAACAGCUCGUUUGUGAUCAGCAAGGAGGGAGCGCCACUGACUGAGGCACCACCCACGAUCAUCGAACCCCCCCAUGCUCCCCCCACGCUCAUGGAGGCGGACACGAUUGCCCAUAUACCAGAGGAAGGCCCAUCCCCCAGUUACUCCCAGAAAGACAUGCAAUUGGUGGGCGAUCUCUGCGAACAGCUAAUGGGCGAUGGCUCCGCUACAGCUCCGCUACCUAUAACUGCACCUGCACCCACACCCGCACCCACAACCGUGGCCCGACAGGCCACCCGGGGCAAGCUGGACGCUGUGGUGGAGACGCCCGAGGAGAAGGAUGCCACCAAGGUGAUCAAGAAGUUUGUAAACAAGCACAAGACCGCCGAUCUGGUGAACGCCAUCAAUGAGAGCGCCUCCAAGGCGGCGGCGCCUGUGGGCGCAGUGGUGCCGCCUCCCUUCGUUCGCAAGUGCAGCCUGCAGGACGAGUCCACCCUGAACAAGUUCAAUGCGGAGCGUCGGAAGUCGCGCAUCCUGGAAACGGCCGAGAAGUUCCAGCCCCCGCCGCAAGUGGCCGCAACAGCUCCCGAAAAGCCCAAGAAGCUGAGCAUACCUGGCGUCAGUGUGGGCAGUUUCAAGAAGGAGUUCGAGAAGAAGGCCACCAAUCCGCCGGCGGCCGAUGGACCCACGCCCGGUGAGCUGAGGGCUCAGGAGCAGGUGGCUGCAGCAGCGGCUGCCGCCCAGGAAGCCGAGGCCCUGGGCACACCACCGCCAACACCGCCAGUGGUGGCGCCAUCCCUGGAGGCCAGCGAUUCCAAGAACUCGGUGGCCUCCGUUUCGCUGGACGAGGCCCGGCGCUCCAUGGAGAACUCCAUAGCCCUGCUGCUGCAGGCCCAGAACGAGUCCAGCAAGGAGGUGGACCAGUUGUGCGCCCAAACCGAGACCAUCGGAGUCAGUGAGCCGGCGACGCUGCAGGAUCGCGAGCGUAAGUUGAAAAACGCGCGCGCCAUCAUCGGAAAUGCCAUCCAACCAGUGAUACGCAGGCCGACACCGUUUUAUGGCAUUGGCAAUGGCAAUGGCAACGGCAACGGCUUUGGCAGUGGCAUGGUGUGUGGUGCUGGUGGAAUCGUUGGUGGUGCGUCGGCUAACAAUGCACCGAAGCGAGCUCAGAGUGGCAGCAACUUUAUGGUCUAUUCCGGAGCCAAUUCUCCAGGGACGGCAACCAUGUCGCCACCGAUAGCGGGACCCCAGACGGCACCGCCUGUGCUCAUUUCACCGAAUGCUUUGGCUGCGGCCAAGCAAACCAUACAGCAGCGGAUAUUUGGAGGCGGAGUGGCCGGUCAAAAUAACCAGGCCAUAAACCGGAGGCCAGCCACUUGGCAACCGCAGGCUUCGUACAGCACGGCCAGCAUUUUCCAACCGCCGCCGAGUGCGAGUGCGAGUAGUCCGUUCAAAAUGCUGCAGCAGCAGUAUCAGCAGCGUUGUCAGGUGGAUCAAAAAAUGCCGAGUGCCCUGUUCACGCCGCCAACGUCGCCGCAAUAUGCCGCCAGCCACGCCCCCGCCGCCCAAGCCAACCACACCAACUACGGGAACAGCAGCAAUAGCAACAGCGGCGGCGGCAUCAGCAGCAGCAGCAGCAGUAACAACAACAGAUACAACAGCAGCAACAUUGGCAACUGCAACACGAUGCCUAAUGUCAAUUACAAUGUCAAUUCGCGCACGAGACCAUUCAAUCAUACUCAAGCUCAAGACACACUCAAUACCAAUGCCAGUGCCAGUGCUACAUGUGCCAUGCCUGCGGCUAUGUGGCUAAAAUCCUCGCCGGGUGCCGAAGGACCUCCAACUCCCCCAGGAGCGGUCAAGACAUCGACGGCUUCGAUUACCCUGAAAUCGGCCACCCUGCCGCGUCGGAAGAUCAACGCCAAGGCGGAGGUUCAGCUGGACAUCAAGCCGCGAAUCCCGGAACAGGGGGCUCCUCCCCAGCCGGCGAUGCGCUUCAGCACGGAGAUGCAGCAUCCGGUGGCCGACCUGCGCAGUGCCCCGCCCCGCGAGGGCCCCAUCCCCUACAGUCCCAUCAAGACGACGCUGCAGGCGAGGGCCACCAGUCUGGAGCCCAAGGAGCACGUCAUAACCAUACAGCGACCGCCCACGCAGCACGCCUACGGACGCACCAGCUCCAACACAACCACGCGUUCCGGUUCGCUGUCGCGGCAAUCGACGGUGGAAUCCGAGUCGGAUGCCACCACCACCACGGCCACGAACAUGUCGCAGGCCACCAUCACGAGCACCUCGCAGCCCAUCAAGAAGAGUCCGCGGGAGUUCAUCAUCCCGAUUGCCGUCGAAGGGGGCGGCUUCAUCACGCCCCGGGAGCGCAGCGUGGAGCCAUCGGAGUCGAGCCACACCACAAGCAGCCGGUCGACGUUCACCCGCCUGCGUCCGUCGCGUCGCAUUGGCUCACUGUUAAGCGAGGCAGGCUUCGAUGAGGGCUCGCCAUUCCAGAAGAUGCGCACCACUUCGAUAACCCGGGAUGGCGGCAGCGGAGGCGCCGAGGACGAGGCCCGCUUCACCCCGCACCGACUCAGGAGCUCAAGACCCGUCAAGAAAAUUAGUCAAGACAACGAUUCGCAAAGCUCAAACGAGGAGGACGAUGAUGACGACGAUGGCUUUGAGAUACUAACGGCGGAGAAUCUGUUCUCGACACUGCUGCAGCGGGUGCGGGCCCUAACGAAUCGGCUGAACGUCAACAGUGACCUGACGGUCGGAUUCCCCAGCCAUUCUAGUCGCCUGCUCACGGACAUUUCGCGGCAGGCCCAAAGUCACAGUCCAUUCUGGAGCCAGGGCAGUCCUUUUGCCAGUGUGCUUAGAUCUCAAGUUAGUUAUACCUAUAGCGAAACGGUCGAGAAGAAGAAAGUCCGCCUGAACAGCAGCAACAGCAGCGGACUGGGAGCUCCUUGGCGGCACAGCAUGUCCCGGGAUCUGGGCAGCGACAUGGAAUCGAUGUUCUCGCGCACGGGGGCCACGCUGCCAAGAGGUCAUCAGCAAGGCAAGAACAAGCCCAGCUCAGCUCCUGUCCAUGUGGAGAAGGCUUCCACAACGUCUGCUGCGAACAGCGAGGAGCCUUUGGACCUGGCCGAUCUGGAUCUCUCGCGGCUGCGACUCAGCAAGAAGGAUUUGGAGACCUUGUCCAGCAUAACGCCCGGCUUGCCCAAGUGUUUCCAGGAGCAGCUGCUGGCCAAGCUACCGCCCACUCAGGCGCGCAAGUUAUCCCGCACGCUGAGCGUGCAGACACCCAGUGCGAACAGUAGCUCCUCCACGCCCAAGGCCGCCUACAAACGCAGCCAGAGCGGCGGACGGGGCCACCAGGCGGAUCCACAGCCGCCGGAGGAGUUGGCGGACUUCAAGGCCAAGCCACUGACAGAUGCCCCCAAGACCACAUCCGCCAGCACAGCCAUUUACCGGCGAAGCCUCAGCCGCAGCCAGGCGGCCACUCAACCGUCUGGCCAGGAAGUCGAGAGUCGGCCAACCCAGGCGGCCAAAAGCCGCAGCAGCAGUGUCUGCCGCGAUGACUAUGGCAAAUCCUCGCUCUGCAGCAGCACUUACACCAGCGACAUUAGCGAGAAGUACAAGUACUACUCCCCGUACUUGAGCAAGUCCAGCAAUGUGAGUCCAUCGACGGCCUCAAAGGAGGCGGCGGAGAAGCGCUACAGCGGUGGGCUGGGCCGACCGCCCAGUGGUUGUCUUUCGCCUCCACCGCAGCUGCCGCAGGUGGCUGCCUCCGAGGGCACCAGCUCCCUGCGGAUCGGACGCUCCUCGCAGCGCCGAAUCUCACGGUUUCUGCGGCCCGACUUCUUCGAUGAACCACGAGAUCGGGAAACCCAAAGCAUGCUGAGGGAAAUACGCGAAAAGUCCAUCGAUCGGCAGGCUCAGGUGGAAACGCAGGCACAGGACUUGAGGCGUCGCAAGCACAGUUUGCCCAAUGUGGAGCAGGCAGAGCCACCUGCUGGAGCAGCACCCACCAGAUCCUCCAUGCGGCAUUCGCGCAACAAGAGCAUGGAGCUGUUCACAGAUGCCGAAUCGAAUGGACAGGCUCAGGAGCCCAUCAAGACACCAUCGGCCAGGCAGCGAAGUGUGUCGAGAGCCCGGGAACUGGAAACAGAACUGGACAAACAUGAACUGGCGGACAAGAUACUCCAGGAGUUGCAGCUUCUGUCCGCUGUGAGAACCCAGCAUGAACAGGACCAGGAGUCUGAGAAAACAGAAGAGACCUCCACCAUUAGGAAGGUGAAAAAGUUGAGACCCAAGGAGGCUCCAGCAAAUGAGCCAGAGGCUACCAAAACCUCUUCCACGACCACCUCUACUACCACAACUUUGGUGAGGAAAGUCAAGAAGGUGACCAAGAGAACGGAUGAAACCACCAAGACUACUGCAUCGGAAAACACUGAUCUGGCCAGCUCUGCUCUGCCCAAGGAAACCAAAUUAAAAAGACCCAAAUCGUAUCCAAUGAAAGAUCUUGGCUUGAGCCUCAAAUCCUCAACAGAUCUCCCAGAACCAACUGCCUCACUCCUGCCCAGCAAACUGCCCAGUAAGUUGCCAUCAGGACUCACCAAUGAGCCCGCUGGAGAAGCAGCUCCUCGAGAGAGUCGCCUGAUGCGACCCAAAAGCUAUCCGGCCACCAAGCUGGCCACACCCAAAGAGCUUCGCAAAGUGACGCGUAGUGGAGCGGCCAUACCCACAAUAACAGAGGCUAUUCCGGCUCCCUCGGCCAUGGCCACACCCACUAGUUCCAAAUCCACUUCCGAGGAGAAGUCCCUUUCGGCCACACCAACCGGAACCAUGUCCACCGUAACGGAUGCCAAGGAAACCGGCUCCUCAUCCGGCGAUUCGCGACCCACGACCAUCAAGAAGAUCAUCAAGGUGUCCAAGAAAUCCAAGCUAAUGCCGCCCACACCAGUGACGCCAACCACUCCGACCACCACAGCCACCAACACUGCUAACACCACACCCGUGGACAGCUCCAAGGAGUCCAGUCCGGUGAUCAAGGCCAAGGAGAAGUCGCCGGAAAAGAAGCCCAGCAAGGGUUUGCUCUACGCCCUGGGCCAGAAGUUCGAGAAGCUGCGGGAUUCCGCCAUGAGCAAGGAGAAGAAGGCGGGCUCAGCUGGAGCAGCAGCCGCUCUGGCCUGCACCCAAAAGCAGGGAUCGCCCGAAGAGCGCAGCUCGCCGGAGAAAUACAAGAAGAAGGUGGUGGAACCGGAGAAGUCCCUGGAGCUUGGUGCCACCGAGGACAAGCGGGUGGACAAGCGAUCGCGCUUCGACACCAUGCUGCGCACCCUGAGGGAAAGAUCCGUGCCCAGAUCGCAGCCCAACGGGCGGGUAAGUCCGAAGCGAGCGGCCAGCGUGGAGGAACUGCAUGCGGGAUCCCAAGAGGGCCAGGGAAAACCGGGCGGAGCAGUGAACAAAAUGUUUGGAGGCUUCUUGCGCCGCUUCGACAGGGAAAGUAGUGAGCAAAGGCGGGUGCGGAGCACCCGAUCCACCAGCAACAUUGAGCGACAGGUGCGCGAGGAGCAGGACCGGCAACUGGACGCCUCACUGCCCACCUCGCCCAUCUACCAGAAUGUGGUGAAGGCCACGAAGGUGCAGGCUGCUCCAACGCCAGCCACCGAAGAGAACUGCAACUGCGAAACAGCCUGUCCAGACUGCCGGCAAAACAAGGGACAGGACCUGGCCACCACCACCACCAAUGCCCCGGCCAGCAGCACAUCCUCAGCCAGCAGCAAGGAGAAGCGGAAGGGUCUCAUGUUGGAUCUGGCCAGCGCCAGUGUGUCCAGCAGAGGAGCGACCACCGCCACGGCCACCACCAGCACCACCCCCUCGAAUGGUAGCAGGUAUCGGGGAUGCAAAACCAAUCCGGCCUUGAUAAACGGCAACGGGGCACUGGGCAUGGGCAUGGGCAUGGGCAUGGGCAUCUACUCCAAUCUGCCGCCCUAUCCCGGAGCCAUCAAGAGUGCCAGCUCCAACAACAGCUCCAGCCAGCAGUCCGUGGAGAAUGCCACCAACAACAACUCCACCAUCACGAACAACAACAAUUGCAGCUCGCAGACUUCUGGCUACAGAACCUCAUCGGCGCACGAGAUCAACCGGAACAAUCCGCUUUUGACGCCCUCCUUCGAGAACAUUGCCAACUACUCCUCGGACUCGCGCAGCUACCAGGAUGACUGCGCCUCCACCUCCACCUUUCUGUCGCCCACUGAAGAGCCGGAGCUGUAUUUCGACAACUGGUCCAUUUGCUCCGAGGACAACUACAUGCUGCAUGCCACGCCCUCGCCGACGGUGUCCCGCUUGUCCAGGGCCUCCUUGUCGUCGCCCACCCGCUGCUCGGAGAGCUCCGAUCCCAACGAGAGCGUGAUCGACCGGAUCAAGCGGCGCAGCUUCUACAGCCGCUUCAACGAGCAGAAGAAGCCGCGGCGCACCAGCAGCAUAGUGGGUCCCUCGGCGGUGCGGGACUACUACCGGGAGCAGCAGGCGGCGGUCAAGGCGCGCUCCAGCCACAAGCUGCAUGCCCCGGACCUGGACCCGCCCCCCAGAGCCCAUUCGCCGGACAUAGCCCAGCAGUUCUUCAGGCCCCUCAAGCUGAGUCCCGUGGGAACGGAGCUCAAGCCGCCGGUCUACCGCUCUGCCCUGGACUACUCCGUGUCCUCCGUGGCGGGGGCCACCACCAGCAAGCCGAGGAAGAGCCUGAACGAUAUCAGGAACACCUCGCCCUCGUUCCUCGGCAAACGCUACGACACCGCCGACUACAGUUCGGUGCCCAUGCGGUACAAGAGCUCCUCCAGCUCGAGUCCGAGCAACGGAGCCAUUGCCAGUGGCUAUUACAACACGUACAAUCCGAAGCGCAGGUCGUCGUACACGCUGAACGGCAGUCUGCCCACUGCGACCAGCGGAAGCAGUGCAGCAGGAAGCAGCCAUCUGGACGGGUACGCCACCCUGGGCCGGCGAUCCAUCCGGCCGUAUGACCAUCGAACCAUGUCCCUGCUGGAGCCACCGACCACGAGCAGUAGCCGGAGCGGCGAGGGAUCCUCCUAUCAGAGGCGAGAGGCAAGGACCCCGGUCAGGGAUUACACCUCCAGCAUAUCUCGUUCCGGAUCGCGAUAUCGCACUUCAUCGGCCACGCGCAGUCCGACAAACAUUUGAUGUACCACACCGCAGAAUGGCUUCUGCAUCUUCUGCUACUACUCCAAACGGAAGAAGGCGAGCUCCGGCCACGGACACGGACAUGGCCAGGCCAUGGGCACGCCGCCCAACACGACAGCCUCCUCGUCAUCGUCGCGUGCCAGCAGUGGCGGCGCCAAGAAGCUGCAGCCUGCCCCCAUCCAUAAUCAUCACCAAAACGAGCAGCACAAGUUCUAGACUGGCCCAGCGGCUCCAUUCGAUGCGAUCCCAGAUCCAAAUCCCACUUAGGCUUAGAGAUUUUUGAUAAUUUUUGUAUGGAACUUAGCCAAAGUUAUACUCUAGUGCAGACUUUUGGACGCUGCCCAUAGUCGUAGGUUUGUUGUAGUUCGGAUAUAGCGGAGUUUCAGCCAUAGAUCGUGACUCAAUAAUGCACAUAUGUAUGCAUAUACGAUUCUCAAAUGAUUGUGCCUUGGUUCCUUCGGCGAUUUUAGAUUUAGCCAAUAGCCAUAAAACGUUGAUUUUAAUCUGUAGGUGUGUAAGCGAAAACGGAAACUGGAAACCGGGAACAGGAAACUGGAAACUGGAAACCGGAAGAAAGAGAGACAGGCGGAACAAAACGAAACGGAAGUAAAUGAAAGACGUGUUUCACAAUAUAUGUAUAUGUAUUUUCUACAAUAUUUUUGUGAGGAAACCUUGCGCCGAAAAUGCGUUAAAAUUUCUAUGAAAUAAUUUUAACAAUUUUUUGCAUUAUACAGAACUGAUGGAUUGUUUUCGAUAUUUGAAUAGAGUUUAAUAGGGACAACUUUCGUUUGCUAGGACUAUUGAUGUUAUUGCGAAAUAGUAGAAAAUAUGCGAAUUGUGAGCGAAAGUGGACAGUGUUAGGUAAACGUAGCAACAAUAAGCGAAUUUAAAAAAAUAACAAAAACAUGGAACAACAAAUAAUAGAUCUAGAGUUUUGGGUAGAAUCCGAAUUCGAAGUUCAAAUUGUAAUUGGAGCGUGAUCGUGAGCACGAAAAGCGAUUUCUCUAAAUAAAUAAAAACCGAAUCACCAAUUGAA